AAGAAGAAGAGAAGUUAGCAAGAUGCUGUGAUGCUCUACGUUAUUUCCGUCGUUGACCCAUCGACUAUUCUUUCAUGUGAACAUUUGUCUUUCGUGUAACAAAGUAAACGUCUGGAUAAACUCGUCUCGGCGCACUUGGAAGCGUUCCAACCAAGCUUUUAGCGUACAAGCGGCGAGCAAAGGGAGGCGGAAGUUAGCCGGCAGAGCCUCAGCGUGAGAGAAAAGUUUUGUUGAUUAUCGUGUGAAAAUGUGUAAAGUGGACAUGCUGAGAACGUUGCUGAAUCAGCGACUGAGUGCAGCCAUUGAGGAAAUUUUAGUGGUGUUUGAAAGAACGAUAGCAGAUUACGAGGAGGAACUUUGUCGCACCAAAGAGGAGAACGAGCGACAACGUCAACUACUGGACGCUGUGUUCAAGCCUCAAGCUGCGUUACACCUCGCAGCAGACGUGAAUCAAGAUCUUAAUGCUGAGCAGCAGGAGUGGAGCUCCAGGGUGGAGCAAGAGGAGCCAAAGCCGUCUUACAUAAAAGAGGAAGAGGAGAGUCGCAGAAUCGCUCCGGAGCCAGAGCAGCUUCAGGGGGUGAAAUUCCCAGUGAUUUGUGUCCCUGUGAAGAGCGAAGAUGAUGAUGACGACAGCCAAAGUGAUGAGAGCAAAGGGGCGGAGCCUCCGAGCCGCAGCUCAAACCGAAACACGACAACCGAAAGUGAUCGGGAUCAUUGUGGAGGAUCGCAAGCAGACAGACCUUUAGCUCCACUAUCUGAUAAUGGCGACACAACAUCUGACACUGGCGAUGAAACCUCGAAAAGUGAUAUGACAUGUCACACUGAUGACACACACUUGACAUGUCCUCAGUGUGGCAAAACUUUCGUCCGCAAGAGCAAUCUGAAAGAACACAUGAUGAUCCACACAGGAGAGAAACCAUUCGUAUGCUCAUUUUGCGGCAAAGGAUUCUCCCAAAAGGUAAACAUGAUUACACACACAAGAAGACACACUGGAGAAAAACCGUACACCUGCUCACUGUGCAGCAAAAGUUUUUACGAUUGUUCAGGUUUGGUUCAACACAUGAGAACACACACUGGGGAAAAACCUUUUUCCUGCUUGGUGUGCGGCAAAAGAUUCCGCGGAAAGUCAAUUUUGACGCGACACAUAAGGACACACACCGGUGAGAAAGUGUUCAGUUGCAGUGUGUGCGGCCGUAGCUUCUCUUAUAAGUAUCAACUUGAUAAACACACGUGCGCUGGCGAGAGCAACAGCAGAACAUGAAGCUGCAUGACUUUAAAUAAAGUGAAGACUUCCUAACAUUACCACCACUGGGACAGCCUUGAGCCUAACCGCGGCCAAACUUUGAGUUGCGAGGCAGCUUCAGAUAUGCUGCCGCUCGGGGUCUGUAAUGCCCUCGCAUACGGGCAAGGAGAGCCACAGUCGCCGAGCCACUUUUAGGGGACAAACAGUCAAACACACAAAUAGAAAAUGAGAACACUUGUAAGGAGCUGUCGUAGAUCACAAGUGGAGAGAUGAUGUUGUCGCUCAUUAGGCCACGCCCCUAAAGGUACACCUCCGACACACGUGUAUUACAGUAUGUACAGUCAUACACUUUAGAGAACUUUUUUUUUUUUUACAUUCUCUUGUGUUUGUGUUCAAUA